GAUGCGCCCGGGACGCGCAAGGCUCCUGCCGCGAGCUACCGCCCCGAGGUGGACGCCAAGCAGGGCUCAUCGCAGGACCGCGCGGACCCCAGUCCCCCGGGGUACGCGGCUGCCGAGCCUCGGGGCAGCGUCUGAGGUCAGGAUGCCCUGGGCGCCUCCCUGCUGGUGAGGAUGCCCUGCUGCGCGGCUCCGCAUCCCCAGCCGCGGUCCGUGGUGGGCAAGACUGCGUGGGCCCAGCUUCAGCCCCUCGUCCCGGUGGAUGAAAAGCGCUGGAGUCCUUGAGUGCGAUCAGCAAUCGAAUCUGAAUUCUAAGAGCCAUGGACGAAGGCGCUGGGCUGCAGCCCCAGGCGGCAGAGCAGCCGGAAGCAUCGGCCACAGUAGGAGCUGUCCAAGAGAAGUGCGAACCAGAGACCUUCAGGUCCCAAAGUUUACCCGUCCUGAAUAGCACCUCCUGCCGGCCAGACCUAAGUCCCGCGAGUGUAGGCGCCAAGCCAGGCUUCGGCUGUCCAGAUUCUUUGUGCCAUCAGGAGUUGAAGCAAGGCCUGAGCCGGUUGGCCCCCAGCCUCUCUGCCCCGUCCACUUCGGCAGAGAUGGCAGGGCUCGUGGAAUGUAACCACAGGGUGGACGUCAUCAAAACCGUGUCGGUGUCCUCCGCUUUGGCCACGCUCCAGGGGAGAAGGUGCCUGUACGUGGUCCUCACUGAUUCCCGUUGCUUCCUGGUUUGCAUGUGCUUUCUGACCUUCAUCCAGGCGUUAAUGGUCUCCGGGUACCUGAGCAGUGUCAUUACCACCAUCGAGAGGCGCUACAGUCUGAAGAGUUCCGAGUCGGGGCUGCUGGUCAGCUGCUUUGACAUCGGGAGCCUGGUGGUGGUGGUGUUCGUCAGCUACUUCGGCGGCCGGGGUCGGCGGCCCCUGUGGCUGGCCGUGGGGGGACUUCUCAUCGCCGUCGGGGCAGCCCUCUUCGCUUUACCUCACUUCAUCUCGCCUCCCUACCAGAUCCAGGAGCUGAACGCCUCGGCCUCCAACGACGGCCUGUGUCAGAACGGCAACUCCACGGCGCCCUUGGAGCCUCCGGCCUGCCUGAAGGACUCGGGAGGUAACAGUCACUGGGUCUAUGUGGCUUUAUUCAUCUGCGCACAGAUUCUCAUUGGAAUGGGCUCCACACCGAUUUAUACCCUGGGACCAACCUACUUAGACGACAAUGUCAAGAAAGAAAACGCAUCCUUGUACCUAGCCAUCAUGUAUGUCAUGGGAGCACUUGGUCCUGCGGUGGGAUAUUUAUUAGGUGGACUCCUUAUUGGUUUUUAUGUUGAUCCCAGAAAUCCUGUUCACCUUGACCAGAAUGACCCUCGUUUCAUUGGAAACUGGUGGAGUGGAUUCCUCCUUUGUGCCAUUGCAAUGUUUCUUGUGAUAUUCCCAAUGUUUACUUUUCCAAAAAAGCUUCCACCUCGACACAAGAAAAGGAAAAAGAAAAAAUUUUCUGGUGAUGUUGUUAGUGAUGACGCCGUUAUGAAGGAGAAACCAAACAAUAGUGAACACGUGGACAAAAAAGUUUCUUCUAUGGGAUUUGGCAAGAAUGUCAGAGACCUACCAAGAGCAGCUGUCAGAAUCUUAAGCAACAUGACAUUCCUUUUUGUGAGUUUGUCAUACACAGCUGAGAGUGCCAUUGUAACUGCUUUCAUUACCUUCAUUCCCAAGUUCAUCGAGUCACAGUUUGGUAUUCCAGCUUCCAAUGCCAGCAUCUACACUGGUGUUAUUAUUGUCCCCAGUGCCGGCGUUGGUAUUGUCCUGGGAGGCUACAUUAUAAAAAAAUUGAAACUCGGUGCAAGAGAAUCUGCAAAACUCGCAAUGAUCUGCAGUGGUGUGUCUUUGCUGUGCUUUUCAACCCUGUUUAUUGUUGGAUGUGAGAGUAUUAAUCUAGGGGGCAUAAACAUCCCUUAUACAACAGGACCUUCUCUCACCAUGCCUCACAGGAAUCUCACAGGAAGCUGCAAUGUUAAUUGUGGCUGUAGAACGCAUGAGUAUGAGCCCGUCUGUGGAUCAGAUGGAAUUACAUACUUUAACCCUUGUCUGGCUGGCUGUGUUAAUAGCGGUAAUCUCAGCACUGGGAUAAGGAAUUACACAGAAUGCACCUGUGUCCAAAGCCGGCAAGUGAUCACUCCACCCACGGUGGGACAGCGCAGUCAGCUCCGCGUGGUUAUUGUCAAAACAUAUCUCAACGAGAAUGGCUAUGCUGUGUCCGGGAAGUGUAAACGGACCUGUAAUACCCUCAUCCCAUUCUUGAUUUUUCUUUUCAUAGUCACCUUCAUCACAGCAUGUGCCCAACCAUCAGCCAUCAUAGUAACACUCAGGUCCGUUGAGGAUGAGGAGAGACCCUUCGCCCUGGGAAUGCAGUUUGUUCUGCUGAGAACACUUGCAUACAUUCCUACUCCGAUUUACUUUGGAGCAGUUAUCGAUACCACCUGCAUGCUCUGGCAACAGGAAUGUGGAGUGCAGGGCUCCUGCUGGGAGUACAAUGUGACAUCGUUUCGUUUUGUCUAUUUCGGUUUGGCGGCCGCCCUCAAAUUUGUUGGCUUUAUUUUUAUUUUUCUGGCCUGGUACUCCAUUAAAUACAAGGAGGACGAACUGCAGAGGCAGAGGUGGCGAGAAUUCCCCCUGAGCACUGUGAGUGAGACGGUGGGCCACACCGACAAUGCCGAUAAGUAUGCCCGGACUAGAUCCUGCCCAGCGUUCAGCACCCAGGGAGAAUUCCACGAAGAGACUGGUCUGCAGAAAGGGAUCCAAUACACAGCACAGACCUAUCCGGGGCCCUUCCCAGAAGCAAUAAGUUCCUCUCCAGACCCAGGGCUGGAAGAAAGCCCUGCUACCAUGUAGCCUCCCUCCUGAAUCUUGAAAACGGAAGACUUUAGUUUUGUUGGUUGAGUUGAAUAUGGCGACUUGAGAAACACCCGUGCCUUCUUUUCUUUCUUUUUUUAACCUCUAAAGACACAAUCCUCAAACCAACAAAACUCAGUAUACAAAACUCAGCCACUGUUGACUGAGGGCUGGAUACCUCAACAAGACUAAGAGCCUUUCCCCCCUUCUCUCCAAGAAGGAGGCGUGUAGAUUUGUUACCAUUUCCACUAUGUUAAUUUAAUGCUCAUGCUCUAAUGUGGUAUCAGGCUGAGGCACGUGGUUAACAAAAUCAUCAGAAGUGCAAUGGCGGUGCGUAUCAUUAGCAUACACUCCAAACAAAGGUGAGCUUUUGACCAUGACUUUGCAUUUACAAGUCAAAGUUUUUAGACAUGAACACCUACUGUGAGUUCUGCUACAAAGCACAAAUGAAUUUGCCUCAACUAUGCAAUUUGAUUGGGAAAAUAUAAGUGCAGCAUGUUAUUUUGCUUUCAGAAACUAAAGCAGAUAUGUUUUUGAAAAAAGGAAGCUAAACUUUCCCUAAAGUACUGUUAAUAGCAUUUUAAGCCAUAGCAGAGUUAUAAAUCAGGUAGAAUUUUUCAAAUGCUUCAAAGGAACCAUAUGCAUAGCGUGAUAAAAGGAACAGCGGCCUCAUUUCAUAAGACACAUUCUCUUUUAGUCUGUCUGCCCCAUCAUAAGGUAGUGAAAGAGGCUGCUGAAUCAUAAAUCUGAUAGCUUCAAUAUAAACGCCAGGAUUCUUUUGUAAGGGGCUUUAAGUCUAGUGUCCUAAACGAUAUGGCUAGAAACUGUAAUUUGAGAUGCAUAAUAAGGAAAGAAAGUGAUGGCUUUCUCAUCCAAAGAAAAUUGCUGCAGAAAUUCUUUUAGCUUUUAAGGGCCCACGUAAGUGUAGUUAAGAAUUGUAACCUUGACACUCAGAAUAGUUGGAAAAAGAAAUUCCACAAAAGUAAGAUUGAGUCUCACCUGAUCAUUUUAGUUAUAUACCUGGAAGCACUAGCAAGUCUGUAUUGUUUUCUUUUUUAUGGAGAGAAAAUUGCUGUGGUUGCUCCUGAAAUCGAGUAAUUAUAUCAGGGAAGCUAUACUAUGAUAGGAAAGUCACUUUGAGUACAGGAAGAGGGAGAUCUGUGAGCUGGAUCUAGAAUAUGAUCCGAAGUCAUGAUUGAAAUUUGUUUAAAAUGAACUGGUCUGUCAUACUGAAUCUUACUUUAGCAGAGUUAGAAUCAUUUCACACCUCCCUUUGAUUCCUUCCUACUGUAACCUCCGUGAAGUGAUUCUGAGAGAGGAUUUUUCUGUUCCUAAACACACUUUGGGUUCAUUAUCCAUCAUCCUUUUCAGUACCGCCCAGCACAUCACUUGGACUUAGGCGCCACACAGAAUGCUUUCUACAUGGUUCUUAUGGUAGAUGCCUCCUGAAGCACUGUAAACUGAUUGCAGGUUAACUCAUGGGAUCUCGCUGCUCAGAAAAAGAAUCAUGACAACUCAGAUUUAGGAGGGACUGUGAGGUCCAAGUACCAAUAUAACUGUGAACUGUUUCUGCCAAGGAGCCUAUGCUUAUGUAGGGCUAAUUUGAGAAGUGGUUUCCUUGGCUGCUUUACACUCUUUCACAGAGGGGAUAUGAUUGACAGAACUGCCCCAUGAGUCAGGCUUUUUGCCCUCCAUCCUUGGCUGUACCAGUAGAGUUUCGUGAAUAUUCCUGGGUACAAGGUUGUUUUCCUCUCUACCGAGAAAUGGCAUUGGCCAAAUGAUUCUCUUGGUUGCAUGCAGUUUGUGGAGAGGGUUAUCACUAUUAGACUGAAUAAUGUCUACAAGGGGUGGGCCAGUGGUCUCAGGUGACAAGGACUUCCUUUUGAGCAGUCUCGUUUGGCUCAGUUGUAAGAACCAGUGUUGCCUGUAAUUACACGGGUGUCUGUCAAACUUUGGUCAACAUGGUGUAUAUUGAAGGUCUUCAGAGAAUAUCACUGAUUAACCUAGUGUCUACUCUGGGCCUCAGGGUUCCCCUUUUCCCUUUAUGGGAGAUCUUUGAUCCCUUAGAAGAGAAAGUUUCCUUUUGUGUUGGAGCUAAAGAUUUGUAGGUUGGGGAGAGGUGGUAUUUUCUUAAUUUUCCUCUGAUGGUUAAGAAACUGCAUUGAGAGAAUUUUGGUGGGAUUGGCACUUUUUUAUUUGUAGCUAAAGAUUGUGUGUUCCAACAGUCUUAGAAUUUCUCUCUUCUUGGUAGUACAUUUUGAAAAGGAACCUCUCUCAGAACUCCAGGCUAGGAAAUGAUGGACUCAUCAGGUAUAAAUAGAGAGUACUCCCCUUCUCUACCUUGAACAGUCAUCCAGUUCAGCAAGCACUGGCGGGAAGCCAGUUCUCUAUCAGGCACCGUUUCACCCAAUUACCAUCUGCCACUCUGUGAAAUCCUUUGAGCUGAUUAGGCCAGAAUUGAAGUCUAGCCUAUUAAUUGGCCUGAAUUGUGCACCACAAUGUUAACAUUGUACUUCCUCGAGUAUCCAAUACCUAUAAAUAGCAAGUGUAUCAUUAACGUGUUGUUGGUGAAUGUAGAAUAAGUAGUACAAAUCAUGGGCGACUGAAGUUCUGGAAUAAGUACCAAUUAAGAGUUGUCCCCAAAGUGCUUUGGGCUCUGGUAGCAUCAUUGGAAUAUUACAUAAUCAACUUGAGCAACUGUUUUAUAGAUGAUACCAUUUAAUUGUACAUAUGAGGUUCUUAUAUGAUUGUUAAUAAAUUAGGCCAUGUUACUUUAUAGUCACGGCUCCUGUUAUAAGUUGAAUUGCCACUGUCCAUGAGCUUAGGCUUCUAAUUACUUGGUUUGAGGAAAGGUCAUCUUAUUCCUUUAUAAACUCUGUAGAUUCAUAUAUUAUUUGGCUUUAAUAUGCAAAUAUAAUGUCCUUGAGUCUAGCCUAUUAAUUGAGACACUCCUGGCCAGUGGGGUGGGCGGUUGGAGCACAUUCUUUUGGUUAUCUUCAUUAGAAUGAAAGCCUUAUCCUUUGUAGGUGGAUUUCAUUCUUGAAAACAAUCAAAAGUCAUUCAGAACUAAAGUGGGGGAAGAAAGGAGGAGCAGAGAGGAAACAGAGUAGCAUUUGUUGAGUGUUGAUUAUUUGCAGAACCUUUUGUCAAGCACUUACUAUACAUCGUUCAUUUUAAUCCUCUGAAUGACUGUGCAAGACAACUAUUUUUAUUUGAUUUUUAAAAACAGAUGAUGAAAACCGAGGCUCAGAGAGGUAAAGUGACUUGUUUAGGAUUGUACAGAGCAGCCAAGUCAGGGUUCAGACACAGGUUUCUCCGUCUCCAUGACCCCCUUCUUACACUACGUAAUGCACACAAUAGUUUUGGUCAACAAAGGCAAGAAGUGACUAUAAGAUAGUGCAGUAAAGCAUGUCAUUUUUUGAUGUGUUACUGUUUCUGAAGAGUAGAGGAAGUCGUUAUUUCUUUGUGUAAAACAGAAAAAAAAUUCUCUAGGAAACAUCAAAAUUUAAUGUGUAGAUUUUCAAGGUAAAUUUACAUUUAUUUAGCUAAGUGUUAUAUUCAGAAUCGUUUGUCAUAAUAUACCUCAAGUAUUUAUUUCUUGUUCAUAUUUAAUAUAGAACAAAUCCAAUUUUGGUGUUAACGUUGAAUAUCCGUAGAGUUUCUGAAAUGAAACAGAUGAGGAAAGGUGGUUCAGAUUAAUUGAAUCUGAGCUUUGGGGAUUUCAAGUGUAUGCUUUUUUUUUUCCCCCUCUUUCAGAAUGUUAACAUUUCCAUUAGUCUUUUGGUGAAUAUCAGUUUAAGUUUCAUAAUAAAAGUUUUAAAUGAACAUAUACAAAGUGUUACAUGUUAAAUGAACAUAUACAAAAUGUUGUAAGUUACAUCCCAAACCUCUGACCCGAUUGUUGCCUGUUAACCGUUAGUAGCAAACUGGAGCAUGCACUUGGAAAUGUCAGCUAUCAGAGAAGGGAGUUACCUUUAGGACAUAAUGGCAGUCCUACAUUUUCACCAACCACCGAGAAAAUUCUUCCUCAGUCGGCAAUUCUAGCUUGCAUUCGUUGGUGGACUUGGAACCAGAAAGUUUCUUUUUGGAGCCUGUUUUGUAUCAACUGUAGGUGCACCAAAGAGAAGCUUCAUAGUUUGAAUGGAUCUGAAGCAUUUGUGGAAAUUCUCUAGUGUGCCCAGGAGCAGCAGGAGAGCCUAAGUCUGCGGUGGUAGCCAAUUAUACUUUGUGAUUUUGUGUGUACUUAAAACAUCCGAAAUGGCACAGAAACAUGAAUAUAACUAUUGAUACAUAGGUGCAUACUGAGUAUUCUAAGUAGCAGAUAGAUAUCAAAAUACUGUAUAAUCCCAGAAUCGCCUAGACUGCAGGUUUGCUAAUUCUCUGUUACACAGACCAGUAGGUAGCCUUUACAGGUUUUUGCAUUUUUCUUUCACAGUACUGAAGCGAGUGCCAUGGCUGGCAGGCGAAGUUAGUGGCCUUGUGCGCUUUCUCUUUUCUGCCUUCUUUCCUUUCCUCAUCUUCCAGGAUGCUGCUGGCUGUAUCUGUCCCAGACUUGUUGCUACAUUGGAAUCAGAUCUGUGUAUAUUUGAAGACGUUAUUUUAAGCACUUCAUUUUUACUCAGCCCUAGGAAGGGUCAAGAAUGAUGAAAACUCUCCCUGGGUAUUUGCUUUUGCAACAUUAAAAAAAAAAAAAUGCCUCGGUGCUAAAAGUAUUUGAUGAUGCAUGCUUACCACAAAAAUGCGCCACAGAAUUCACAGUAUUUCACUGAUAAGGGACUGCAUGUGCUUUGCUUUUGGAAAUCUGAAGAACUUCCCAGAAAACAAGUACUCAUUACUCUCAUUACUACAGUUAAUCCAAGAACGUUACAUGCAAAAAGGAAGAGUGUAAGGGGGAAUACUUUUUCUAUGGAAAAACUCAGCGCUUUUGAUAUUUAUUUUAGCAAGAAUAAUCAGAUGCUAAAAAUAAUUUCAGAGAGAGGGGAAAAAAUAUUUCGGAUAAUCUUUUCUUAUUUCUUCUCCAAAACACUUACACCAUGUAAGGUGUUUUUAAUAUUGGGGUUUUGAAGGUGUUGUCUUCUUCUCAUAUUCUACUAUUACAUGUUAAAAUCCAAGAAGAAGAUAUUAUUGAAAACUAAAGUAAUUGCAGGGAGAUAUUAAACCAAAGGGGUGAACAAAAGAAGUUUAAAGUUUGUAUCUAGACAUGAAGAAUAAGAAUAAUUGGAAAGACUUUAUAGUGGGCAUUUUUCUUAAAAUACAUACCUCUACCCAAAACCCCAAAUGUUAAUUUAGAAGCACGAAACAGGCAGGUCAGCAUCUAACUCUUUAGUUAAAGGAAAUGUAAUACUGUGUCAAAUAAACUGUCAUUAGGAUCCUAGUGGAGUGUGUGUGUUCAGCGUGUGUGUUUUUGUGUGUAGAGGUGUGCUUGUGAUGAAAGGCUGUUUUGAAUUGUUGCAUAAAGGAGUUUGAUUUUGUGAUUUUUAAAAAUGAAUAUUUAUUUGGAGACCUCUUAGGGUAAUUUAAAAGAUGUAUAAUUUCCUUGUGUUUAAUGAAAUCUAUUGUCAAUGUACUAAUAAACCUUGGUUUACAACAUCUCGAAUACUUGAUCAUUGAAAAUUAAGAAAAAAA